CUCAGUGACGCGUUUACUGGUCCACUGACACCUACAGCAAGCAAUAUCUCGUAAUGCUGGUACAUUGGAUUCUCUUCGCUGUUCUUGUGCCUCUGGAAAUUUCCACUCUGUCAAAAACAGAACAUGUCAAGCUCGCAUUAAGGAAUGUGGUUGGUAGCGAAAAACAUCUAUCACAUGGGCAGAGCGUUGAAGAUGUACAACAUCGUCGCGUCAGUGCGUGGACAGGCCUUCGCAUAUUCGCACACCGCUCAUUUACGGAGAACACUAAGAACGAACUGGACUCUGAGGUGCAUCAUGGUUACGUUUUAAAAGACAAAGGGGUGUUGUCUAAGAUGUUACCUGAAGACAUGAGUGGACCCACAAUCGAUAAAAGUAGUUAUGAAACGACGGAGAUGACACAUUCUAAAACUGAAAAACGAUCAAGCACUAAAAGAACGAUAUCCACUCUCGCACAACUGCUCACAAGGACUCCAGUAAAAGAAGAAUAUAAACAAUUGAAAUUGAAGAUAAAAACUUUGAAAAACAGAGAUUUGGCACGAAAGUGCACAGAAGUGCCAUUGAGCAACUGUGGAAAUUGCGAUAAUGACGGAACCUGUCGUCAACAUAAUUGGUACGAUAAUGUUUAUUUUUGUGAAUGUCAAGAACCAUACUACGGCGACCACUGUGAGUUUGUAGAUUAUUCGUGGUGUGAAAAUGAAUGUCAGAAUGGCGGCACAUGUGAAACCAUGGUAAACAAUGACGCCGGAGAGGUAUAUCACCAAUGCGUGUGUGAUUCGCUUCGAUACUAUGGUGAUUUCUGUCAAUACGGUAUGGACUGCACCAGCCCAGGUUGUGAAUGCCUGAAUGGCGGCUAUUGCCAUGUAGAUUAUGACGCUGAGGGCGUUCUUUAUUCAUUCUGCAUUUGUAAUUGGCUUUUUUACGGAGGUGACCACUGCCAGGACUUGGUUGGUGAUAUGGUAACCGAACAAAUGGCGAACGAUGUAUAUUCGGCCUGCGCUGACGAUUGUGAACAUGGUUGGUGUGACGAAUCGGAUACAUGCCAAUGUGACAAUGGUUAUUCUGGAAUUAAUUGCGAAAUUGGGAAUGGAAAUGAUGUAUUCACUACUCCAGAUGUUGACGUUAUUGGCGCUACAACCGAACAAGCAAACAUUAUAGCCAAUAUUGUUUCUUCCUCUUGCGCCGAAGAUUGCGUGCAUGGCUCGUGCGAUGAAUCCGGUAUCUGCAAAUGUGACGACGGUUAUUCAGGAAUGUAUUGCCUAAUUGAUGAUUACACUGUCUGUCUUGCUACCUGUCAGCAUGGAUUGUGUGACAUUAAUGGUGUAUGUAUAUGUCAUGUUGGUUUCAAUGGUAACAACUGUGAACAUAUCACUGACGAAAUGUCAGUAGUAACUGACGAAUCCGCUCUCGCAGGAAAUGGUGCAAUUACUAUUCAAGUCGUUGACUUUGAUGACGCUACAACCGAACAAGCAAUCAUUUUAGAACAUUAUGUUUCUUCAGCCGUUUCUUCCCUUUGCGCUGGAUUAUGCGAACAUGGGUGGUGUGACGAAUUCCAUAACUGCAAAUGUGACGCUGGUUAUUCGGGAAAUUAUUGCGAAAUUGAGAACAGUUGUGCAGCUACGUGUGUAAGUGGCUUAUGUGACGAGUCUGGAUUAUGCGUCUGCUUUGAAGGCUAUUACGGCGUUCACUGUGACGAUAAAGACCAGUUCUGUCACACCGGUAGACCGUGUAGCAAUGGCGGUACAUGUCACAGUGUCUUCGUAGGUGAUGGUAAGAUUUUCGACUCGUAUUGUCAGUGUGCGGGCGCUUAUCUGGGACACCACUGUGACGAAGAUUGUUUUGCAACAUGUGAGCAUGGACUGUGUGACGUUUAUGGCGCAUGCGUGUGUGAUGAGGGUUACCAUGGUGACAAAUGUGAACAUAUCGCAGAAGUGUCUGUACAAUCUGAAGAAUCCGAUGCGACAGCAGAAUGUGGUCAACUGUGCCAAAAUGGCACAUGUAAUGAAUAUGGCGAGUGUAUUUGUGAGUAUGGUUACCAUGGGAGCUAUUGUGAAAAUAAAGAUGUUUCUAUAAAUACGGUUGAUGAAUCAGCAGAAUGUGGUCAACUGUGCCAAAAUGGCACAUGUAAUGAGUAUGGUGAGUGUAUUUGUGAGUAUGGUUACCAUGGGAGCUAUUGUGAAAAUGAAGAUGUUUCUAUAAAUGCGGUUGAUGAAUCAGAAUGUGGUCAACUGUGCCAAAAUGGCACAUGUAAUGAAUAUGGCGAGUGUACUUGUGAGUAUGGUUACCAUGGGAGCUAUUGUGAAAAUAAAGAUGUUUCUAUGAAUACGGUUGAUGAAUCAGCAGAAUGUGGUCAAUUGUGCCAAAAUGGCACAUGUAAUGAAUAUGGCGAGUGUAUUUGCCAGUAUGGUUACCAUGGGAAGUAUUGUGAAAAUGAAGAUGUUUCUAUAAAUACGGUUGAUGAAUCAGAUUCGGAGUGUAUGGCGCAACAAGUCAAUGACAUGUUAUGUGGUGGAUGUAACACUGGCACGUGUUUGAACUACAUAUGUUGCAAUAGCGAACCGUCCUGCUAUUGCAUGUGGCCUUACGAUGGAUUGCAUUGUGAAAUAGAUAUGGAUGACGUACCGUCAUCAUGCAAAUUGGAAAACUGCAAUGAUCACGGCGAUUGUAUUGUUAACAAGUAUCAUCAAUACAGGAUUGGCCCAGAAUAUCUCUGCGAUUGCAAGUACCCGUUUACUGGAAGUCGCUGUCAAAUCAAAGCAGAUGACUGUCAUGGCAACUGUAGUGAACAUGGUGUAUGUAAAAGUUAUAAAGAUGAGAAUAAGAAUUCAAUAGCAGUCUGUGAAUGUGAUUUCGGUUACGAAGGGUCCUACUGUCAAGUCGGUAAGGAUUUGCGAGCCACACAGCAUGAUGACUGUCCAUGUCAGAAUGGCGGAAUGUGUUACAAAGACCCCAUAUAUGAAGUUGAAUACUGUAUAUGUGCUUCGCCGUUUGAAGGUCCAUUGUGUGAAAGAGAUAUAAGCUGCGAUUCCUGUCAGAAUGGUGGUUCGUGUGUUGAACACGACAUUGUGAAUCCCACUGGAUCUGAGACACAGAUUACUAAGUUAUGCGAGUGUGUUUACCCAUAUAUGGGUACCCACUGUGAAAUAGAUGGCGAUUGUACUAAAUACAAUAUUUGCAAAAAUGGUGGAACAUGCGUGACGUGCAAUGCCAAUGAAUACCAUUACUGCGAGUGUCCAUUACCGUAUUUUGGAGAAUUCUGCCAGGAGUCACUAAAUGACUAUAUGCUUAAUGGAUCAGACUUGCAAAAUACCAUGGAAGAUUAGCCGCCAGUCUCCAGCAGAUUACAGAUGAAAAUGCAACCAGCAUGAAGUACAUACCAGGAUUCAAACUCUAUUUGUAAUAUCCGAAAACCCAGAACAAUAAAUGUAAAAGUUUCACAGUGUGAAUUCGUAUACUUGGUCAAAUGUUAAUUCCGCCUUAUUGCAUUAUUGUUUUAAUAUUAUUGAAUAUACACAGAAUAGAAAUUAUGUCAUUUAUCGUAAAAAAACUAUCAAAUCGCAUGAUAAGUUAUAUCUCGAAAAUGUUGGAUUUUAAGUAUAAGAAUUUAAAGACUAAUUUCAUGACAAAA